GGCAACAUCAACGUAACGUAACGUCGAAUGCUAUUAUGUAAAAAUAAAGCAAUAGAGAGAUUAUUUUCUGUGCAUUAAAAUUUCUCCAAGAGCUCUUCACACACAGAGCGUAAAUAAUAAUUACAAAAACCGAAAUAUUGUCUAUCUAUACCGAUACAUCAUGAUAGACCACGACAAUAUCAUUUGGAUGAAGUGGGGUAGUACGCCCUUGUUCAAAGGACCUCCCUCAGAUAUCUUUCUUCAUGUACGCAAUUUACAAGGCCACAAACAAUGCGGGCCAUAUGAGCUGAUGUAUAUAGACUGCAUGGAAGCAUACGGUUAUCAUAGAGGCAAGGAAAAGUGCCGAUUGAUACUCGAGGAUAUGUACGAAUGUAUAAUGGGUAUUAAAAGAAGGCGCCGCCUGCUCGCUAUGGAUCUUGAGCGAAAGCGGCAGUUUAGAAAUGGCGAAAGGGAAAAACUGUACGACGAAACUCCGCCACUCGAUCUAUAUUAAAUCAUCCGCAGGAAAUAUGCAUAGUUUAUAUGUGUAAAUGUAUCAUAUUAAAAAAAUUUAUUUGAUAGAUGA